CAACAACCACAACAAAUUCACCCAUUAUCUUUCACCAAUUUCAUCCUCAAAUCUCAAACCCCUCUUGAACCUAAACCUCCCAAAUCCUUCAAACUCCAUUAAAACAACAACCUCUCUCACACCCAUAACACCAAACCCACGAAAUUUCUUCCAUCUAACUCUAUUCUUCCAAAACCCAAAAUCAAAAACCCUUCAAAACCCUACACGAAAAUUCACCCAAAAACACCAUAAAUCUUCAUCUUUUCCAUCACUCACCCAUAACCCAUCACCCUUCUCAAUCUUUACCUUUCACACCAUGAAGAACAUAUUCAAAAAAUCCUCAAAAGACAAGGAAGUUGAAGUUGGGUCUUCAAAAUCAAGGUCAAAAGUGGUGAAGAAAAGGAGAGUAGUCCGAACUCCUACACCGUCACCUUCGCCUUCUCCUCCACCAUCACCGCCUAGAGAGCAAUCACCACCUCCUCCAACGCCGGUUGUGAUUGAAAUUCCUCGGUCACGUUUUGUUCGUCCAACGGCCUACAAUCGGUACCAGACUCUCAAAAGUAAGGACUUCAAACCUGAAAGGCGUCUCACUGAUGAAGUGCUAGCAUUUCCCUUAAUUGAGGCAGAAUUCCGCAACAGGCAUUGGUAUGAGUUUAAUUUCUGUCUUCGGUCUGGAAAUCGUACUUUAGCAUUAGAAUUUUUGAGUAAUGCAUGGCGAGUGAAAAAUUCGUCACCACGGAUUGCUAAAGUACGCGGGGUAGAUGUAGACUACUCCCCGGAAACUAUAAAUAGGAUAUUUCAUUUUAAUGUUCCUGAAUUCUGUGUUCUGAAUCAUCGACGUGAGAAUAGGGCAACCAUGGCAUCAGAUAAGCGUGAGGCUUUAAAAUCUCAGCUGACUGCACCCGGAAGUGUGUGGGUGAGACCUUCUAGGCAGCUCCCACCCCAGCGGUUUAAAACCGCUCAUUUGUUGGAUAUUCCACGGAUUUGGGCUGAAUUUUGGAUAAAUAACGUGGAGCCAAGUGGGAACAAUUCUGAGAUUCCUAUGGAUAUAGGGCUAGCACUCCAAGCUAUUUUGUUAGGUGAAGACAUAGACUUGGGCACAAUUCUGAGUGAUGAUUUGUCUGCAAUUAUCCAGAAAGAUCCCGGGUCAUAUAGUCUAACACACCUCUGUUUGAUCACUAAACUGUGUCUGGAUCAAAAUGUUGCUGCUUUUGAUGAUGAUCAAAUGGAAGAGCCUAGAAAAGUCACUACGGCUUUUGUUAGAGAUGUGAGAAGAAAGACUUUCGGGAAGACAUUCAUUCCAUUUGCUGAUGUGGAUGAUGUAAUGGAUUACACGGUUGAGGGAGGAGGUGAAGAAAGGGAGGAGAAUGUUGAAAAUGUGAUGCACCAUGAAGUGCCACAGGCUCCGGAGAUGGAGGGUUUUCCAGCUCCGCAAUUUGAUGUGAAUGUUCUUGCUGACAUGGUGUGGAAAAUGGACAUGAGCACCCAACAGGGCAUUGAUAUGGCGGACCACUAUGACACUUCAUCCGCCUUAUGGCAAGCAUCCAUGCGUUACCGGGAGCAAGUCCCGGCAUAUUUCUAUCCGAGAUAUCCAACAAUGCAUGAAUUUGAUGAAGCUCACAAUCAAAGAGUUAGGAGCAUGGCGGCUACACAUGAAAGGAACCGUGCUACCUACAUUCGCCAAAGGAGGGCAGCUGGCCUUCCAGAUGAAGGAGGGUCCUCAUCAAUGCAAUUUCCUGGAAAUCUGCCUCGUUUUGAUCAUGAUCACAACAUGCCCGAGCAGGAUUGA